AUGACAGAGGAAUUUUGUAUUGAUAAAGUGCCACAUGAAGUAGUUGGUGAUAUUCCCGACGAAGAGUGUCCAAUUACAAUAGCAGAUGUCUAUGCUGCUUCUCGUAGAAUUCAAGGCCUUGCCUACAAAACGCCACUUGAGUUCUCCAACACCAUUUCCAAGAUUGCGGGAUGCAAGACAUACCUCAAACUCGAGAACUUACAGAAAACGGGUGCUUUUAAAGUGCGUGGUGCUAUUAAUAAAAUCGCGACGUUAACACCCGAAGAGAAAGUUAAAGGUGUUGUAGCGGCAUCAGCGGGGAACCAUGCGCAAGGGGUUGCAUUUGCCUCUUCCAAUUUUGGGACGAAAGCGACGAUAGUUAUGCCUGAAUUUGCUCCCACAGCGAAGGUGAUGGCGACGAAAGGGUAUGGUGCUGAAGUAGUCUUACACGGGAAAGUGUUUGAUGAGUCUCUUGCAUAUGCCAAGAAACUUUGUGAAGAGGAAGGAAAGGUAUUUGUUCAUCCCUUUGAUGAUAAAUAUGUGAUGGCUGGACAAGGGACGAUUUCUCUUGAAGUUUUGGAUCAAUUAGCUGAUGCUGAUGUUAUUAUAGGAGCUAUAGGAGGUGGAGGAAUGAUGGGAGGAAUUGGAUUUGCAGCAAAGCAGUUGAACCCUAAUAUUAGGGUUAUUGGGGUCCAAGCCCGUAGUUGUCCGUCUUAUGCGCUUACACGAGCUGUAGGUAAAAUGUGUUGUUUAAAGCAAGGUAAAACUAUGGCUGAUGGUAUUCAAGUGAAGUUAACGGGGAGUAAGACAGUCAGUGUGUUAGCUAAAUAUGUCGAUGAAGUAGUCACCGUUGAUGAAGAAAGUAUUGCAGAGGCGAUGUUAGUCAUGUUCGAGAGAUGUAAAAUUAUUAGUGAAGGCGCGGGAGCUACACCAGUCGCUGCGUUAUUGUCACAUCAAAUCAAAGGCCUGACAGAGAACACAAAUGUCGUUUGUAUUGUUUCUGGUGGUAAUUUGGAUGUCAACGUGAUAAGUAAAGUGAUCGAAAGAGGUUUAGUAAAAGCAGGCAGAAAAGUCAAUUUCACGUUGGAGCUCCCAGACAUUCCUGGCGCUAUGAAAAAUGUUAUUAGUAUCAUUAACAAAGAAAGAGGUACUAUUCUUGAUAUCCUCAGUCGAAGACCAGCCUCUGGUGAUUUACAUGUGUGCAUUUGUGAUAUUGAAAUGGAGUGUUAUGGCGUUGAACAUAGAGAUAAAAUAUUCGACAUCUUAAAGGAGAAAGGUUAUGUGUUUAGAUAA